UUUUCAAAGUUUUCAAGAUGGCUGGAUUAGGAAAACGGUCACCAAAAACACCAGAAAAUACCUCCAGAGAACCGUAUGUUCCCUUGGGGUUUGAACCAGUUCCCUUGGGGUUUGAACCAGUGCCGUCACUUGAUGAAAAUAGUGAAUGCCCUUCUGCGAAACUUGGAAAACACAAAGAAAUGUGGUUGAUUAAAGUACCUGCUGAGUUUGAUGCAAGCAGUUUGUCAGGGAAGACUGUUGUGCUGGAUGGAAGUAAGGACGUCCAAUUAAAGCUCAAGGACACUAAAGCAAGAUUUGAAGUAAUAUCCAAGCCCAUUAGCAAUUCAGUGCCUGGCUCAUGUAAAGUAUUAUUACCAUAUUCACAUGAUGAACCUUUAUGGGCUGCUAACACCUUUGAUGGUAACAUGAGUGUGAUACAAUCUGUCAGUAUUCCUACACCAGAUUCUCCUCCCCCGUCUGAUCAUUCAUCUCAUCAUGUACAAGCACCAGACAUUACAUGUAGAUGGAAACCGUUUGGCUAUGAAAAGCCAUUUUCUUCUCUACAACAAACUAAAAAAGCAAAGAAAAAACAUGCAAACAAAAGUCAAGAGGAUCAUAAAACUGCUUUUGGAUUUAAUCAAAAGAAGAAAACUUCUGAAAUCCACCACAAACAAGAAGCCGAGAGGAAGGACAAAAAGAAAAAGGAGAAAGAAAAAAUCAAAAUCAAACAAGAAAAAAGUGACAAAGAAGAGCACUCGCCUGUGAAAAGCAAACAAGAAGCCGAGAGGAAGGACAAAAAGAAAAAGGAGAAAGAAAAAAUCAAAAUCAAACAAGAAAAAAGUGGUAAAGAAGAGCACUCGCCUGCGAAAAGCAAGAAAAUUAAAACCGAAAAAACGUCGCCUGAGAACAAAGUCCGAGUCAAGAUUGAAAAACUUUCACCAAAGAAAGAGAAAAGUAGAGAAGRGAAGGAGAAAGAGAAAAAGAGCUUGUCUUUCAUUCCUCCGGAUGUGAAUGUAAAGACAGAAAGGCCAUCUGAGGAAGAAGGAGAAACACCAAAAAAGAAAAGAAAGAAAGAAAAACGAAAAUAAAUGUAAAUGAAUAAUGAUAUACAAAUUUUUUUUGGUUAACAUUUAAUAAACUUUUUUUCAAAUAGUCAAAAUAUUUACAAGAAUUUAUGAAUUACGGUGACAUCAUUUACGGCAGUGAUAGUGUUUGUCAUAUAUUGGAAGCCAUUUAGUUGCCACGCUACCACAUUUCACACUUAUUUAUUUAUCUGAAGUGGGUCCUGUAAGAUUUGAAAAACUCUCCAAUCGUUGAAAGUAUAACUUGUUACUAUGAAACUAUUUUUCGAAAAUCCAUCAGAUAAAAAUGUUUUAUCUGAAGUGAGUCCUACAACAUUUUGCUGGAUUCAACGUCAAUCAAAGAGAUAAUGUAUUCAUAUUGCAUGAAGUUUGAACUAGUUCACGAGCUUCAAGCAGAGAGCUUCAAAAAGCGCGCUUUUUCUCCAAAAAAAAACUUUUUAAUCACCGUACAAAAUUAGAACUUGACACUAUAAAACUAAUUUUUGGUAUAUUUGCAUAGUUUAUUAUGAAUAUCUAUCAGGAAAAAAAUAUCUGAAGCGAGUCCUGCAACAUUUUACUGGAUUCAUUGUCAAUCAGAAAGAUAAUGUAUUCAUCCCACUUUAGUUUGAACGUCAGGUUCAAGGCAAAAGCGUAAGAAAUUAAGAUAAAAUAUUCAAUAUCAUGAAUUAAAUCAGAGGGUAACGAGAGCCUAAAAUAUCUAAUUAUUCGUUUUCAUUAAACUUUGAAGAUUUGAAUA